ACCGGUCGGAAUAUUCAGACAAAAGUGAAAGUCUUUUAAAUUUUUUCUGUCUGCCGAAAAGCUUUCGUCUUGAACCAUAGGAUAUGGCUACGACUAACUGGCUAGUGGCGUCUCCAAGUGUGUUUCUUCAUCGCUCAGGAAACCCUCGUCUCGCAUUUGCUUCUAGAAAGAAUCAGUCGUUAUGUAAAAGCCGUGUUAGUUUUGUGGGUAAUGGGCAACGUCGUCGUCUUCCGGUGGUUUUAUCAAGGACGGCGACGGAGGGUUCCGGUGAGGAGGCCGUGAAGUCUGUUUUGCCUGGAAGUGGCAUAUCCAUCAUGGUGAAUGGAUGCACUGGCAAAAUGGGGAAAGCUGUAAUCAAAGCAGCAGACUCUGCUGGAGUUAAUAUUGUUCCUACUUCCUUUGGAUCUGCUGCUGAGGCUGGACAGACUGUUGAGGUGUGUGGCAAAGAGAUCACUGUGCACGGUCCUACUGAGAGAGAAAAGGUUCUUUCUUGGGUGUUUGAGAAACAUCCUGAGCUUAUUGUUGUCGACUACACCAUCCCCACUGCAGUUAAUGAUAAUGCGGAGCUGUAUAGCAAAGUAGGUGUUCCUUUUGUAAUGGGAACAACUGGUGGAGACAGGAAUAAACUGUAUGAGACUGUGGAGAAAGCAAAGACUUAUGCUGUGAUUUCCCCACAGAUGGGUAAACAGGUUGUUGCAUUUCUUGCGGCCAUGGAGAUCAUGGCUGAGCAAUUUCCAGGAGCCUUUUCUGGUUACUCCUUAGAGGUGAUGGAGUCUCAUCAAGCUAGUAAGUUGGAUGCAUCAGGAACAGCAAAGGCUGUUAUCUCUUGCUUCCAGGAACUAGGAGUGUCUUACGACAUGGAUGAGAUACAAUUGAUUAGGGAUCCUAAACAGCAAGUUGAGAUGGUUGGAGUUCCUGAAGAGCAUGUCUCUGGCCACGCUUUCCAUCUCUAUCACUUGACCUCACCUGAUGAAACUGUCUCCUUCGAGUUCCAGCACAAUGUUUGUGGCAGAUCAAUAUACGCUGAGGGUACUGUGGAUGCCGUGCUUUUCCUUGCCAAAAAGAUUCGGUUGAAAGCAGACCAGAGAAUCUACAACAUGAUCGAUGUUUUGAGAGAGGGAAACAUGCGUUGAGCUUCCAAGUUUUGUCCAAAUGGUUGUUCUAGAAGAGCUAUUUACCAAAUCAUCUGCUGUGAAAGAUGUUUGGUUGCCACUUCUUCUUCUGGCUUUCAAGCAGGGUUUUGAAACUACUAGGGUUGUUUGCAACUACACAACUGUUGUGUUUUGUAGCUGUUUUUUGGUUUAAUCCAAGAACGUUCCAUUGCGUGUUAACCUCUUUAUCACCAAUUUACUCUCCUUUCCUGAAUCAUCGAAAUCUUAAAGGUAAAAGCUG